AUGGCGCAGAAGGGAGGUGGCGGUGCGAAACAGGCUACUUUGGGGAAGUUCUUCGGUGCCAACGCAGGUUCUGCGUCGCUCCCCAAGAAACAGGCUACUUUAGCAUUCUCAACUAGCUCAGGGAGCAGAGAGAAGCGACAAAAUGGAUCUGCAACGCAGGCGGAUGAGGAAGAGGCGCUAGUAAAUGGAGAUAAGGAUGUCGAUAUGAAUAAUGAUGCGAAGAAAAAGGAACCAAAGAUUGACAGCAGGGGGAGCGAAACUCCUGCUGCCGAAUCCAGGGAAUCAGAUUCGGAUAGUGCAGCUGAAAAAUCGCUGAGCCAUAGCGACAGUGACUUCCCCGACUCAAAGAAGCUAAAACGGGAGAAAAGUCCCAUGGAGGACAGUGACGAAUCUGAUGUUCAGCCAGUCACGAAAAGACGAAAACGUGCUCCUUCGAAUAGAGAGACCGCUGGCAAGAAACCCUCGGCUUCACAGAAUCAAAAUAAACGGACACGAUCUCCGAAUAAGGCCAGAGAAAAGCCUGUGGCUGAAGACAAGGAAUCCUCGUCCGCUGAACAGGAGGAUAUCAUUUCUGAUAACGAUGAUGAUCUGGCAGAGGAGAAGCCGAAAAUUGCUCAGAAGAAGAGAGAAACGGUCCAGCAGGCAUUGAAGGGAUCUAGAGAGGAUCCCUAUCCAGAUUGGAAAGCUGGAGAGCCCGUGCCAUACGCGGCGCUCUGCACGACCUUCUCCCUUAUUGAAAUGACUACUAAGCGAUUAAUUAUAUUAUCUCACUGCUCCCUAUUUCUCCGCCAAGUUCUUCGUCUUACCCCAAAAGACCUUCUCCCAACUGUCCAGCUCAUGCUCAACAAAUUAGCCGCCGAUUAUGCUGGCGUCGAACUUGGAAUUGGCGAAUCAUUCAUCAUGAAAGCCAUUGGUGAAUCCACCGGCCGCAGCCUGGCAGUUAUCAAGGCUGACCAGCAUGAAAUCGGCGACCUUGGCCUUGUGGCCGCGAAAAGUCGUUCAAAUCAGCCAACUAUGUUCAAGCCGAAACCAUUGACCGUAAGGGGCGUGCACGAAGGUCUUCUUGCAAUUGCUAAAACACAGGGUCACGGAUCUCAGGAAAAAAAGAUUUCCGCUAUCAAAAAGCUCCUGUCAUCAGCUGAUGCUACUCUGGCAGGAAAGGGAUCGAAGGGGAUUGAUAUCACACAAAAUAAAGGCGGCCCAAGCGAAGCUAAAUUUAUCAUUCGUUUCCUUGAGGGUAAACUACGACUUGGUCUUGCUGAAAAGACCGUGCUCGUGGCGCUGGCGCAUGCGAUGGUGGCCCAUGAGGUUGAGCUGCAGGGGAAAAAGGCACCCAGCACCGAAGAGUUAGGCAAGGGUGAAGCUAUUCUUAAAUCAAAAUAUCCGGAUAUCUUGGGCAAACUAGAGAACUGGGUUAAGCAGGGGACAACAAGUUUUGUGUUGGACUGCGAGACCGUUGCAUGGGAUACGGUCAAUAAGAAAGUUUUGCCAUUUCAGCAGCUCAUGACGAGGAAACGGAAGGACGUGAAGGCUGAAGAUGUCAAGGUUAAAGUCUGUGUGUUUGCAUUUGACCUGUUGUUUUUAAAUGGAGAGCCCACUGUGAAAAUGACACUGCGAGAACGAAGGGCUCGGUUGCAUGACGCGUUCACUCCAAUUGAAGGCGAAUUUGUAUUCGCCCAACACGGCGACACUAACGAUCUCGACGAGAUCCAGACAUUACUUGACGAAAGUGUAAAAGCGUCGUGUGAGGGUUUGAUGGUGAAAAUGCUUGAUACCGAAGAAAGCGGAUAUGAGCCCAGCAAACGCAGCCGAAACUGGCUCAAGGUUAAGAAAGAUUACCUCGCCGGCAUCGGCGACUCUCUCGACCUCGUCGUUCUGGGCGCCUACUACGGCCGCGGCAAACGCACAUCUGUGUACGGCGCGUUCCUCCUAGCCGCCUACAACACCAGCACUCAAACUUUCCAAACAGUCUGCAACAUAGGUACCGGAUUCUCCGAAGCGCUCCUCGAAGAGCUACACAAGUCCCUAUCCCCACUCGUCAUCGACUGUCCGAAACCAUUUUACGACCAUUCUUCCGUCCCCAAGGACCAGCCGGACGUCUGGUUCGAGCCAAAAUAUGUUUGGGAGGUGAAAGCGGCGGAUCUGACGCUUAGUCCGCGUUACAAGGCCGCGGCAGAUGAGUUUAUGGGGACUAGUCAUGGCGCUGGAAAGGGCAUUUCGCUGCGAUUUCCUAGGUAUAUUAAAAGCCGGGAUGAUAAGAAGCCUGAGGAAGCAACAGCAACGAGGCAAGUGGCAGAAAUGUAUCGGAGGCAGGAGAGUGUGAGUAAGGAUACGGCAGGGAAAGGCGGGGUGGAUGAUGAUUUUGAGUACUGA